GCCUUGGCCUUCUAUACUCGUAUAGACCUAUAUACCGCGUAAAAGCACCACCUUAAUUCUGAAGCUUUUCUUCAAAGCCCAAGCUGGUGUACUACUAAUCAGUUCACUGCCAUGGGCGACUCCUCGUCGUCAGCUUCUUACAUCAGAAUGGUUCAUCAUCUGAUAGAGAAGUGCAUCUGCUUCAACCUGAACAAGGAAGAAUGCAUGGAGGCGCUGGAGAAGCGUGCCAACAUCAACCCUGUCAUCACCUCCACUGUGUGGAAGGAGCUGGAGAAGGAGAACAAGGAGUUCUUCGAGACGUACAACAAGGACCGCAAGGAGCGGAACAUCGAGGCGGAGACCAUGCAGCGGAUCCAGAAGAUGCUCGAUGAGGCGGCUGCCUCGAAGAGCUCCGACGACGAGGAGGGCUAGAUAGCUAGCUGAAGCCUAGAGUACUUAUAGAUCAGCUCAUGCGUGGCCUCAUGUACACCAGAUCCUCCAAUGGCUCUAUGGCCAUGGGAGCGGCUUGCACCUCAUAUGUAGGCCAUAUAUAAUCGCGCAAUAAGCAUAUAUACUUAGCUAGCUUAAUUAGCUACACCAAUAAUGCAACUACUGCAAGAACCAUGCGCGCAUGUGUCCGAAGAUUAGGACAAGAAAUUACCUUUAAUUU